AGGUACAGAGAUGUCAGAAUUUGAAAAACAUCAAGAUGAAACAGGAAGAAAGAACCAAGAGGUUUUAGCAGACAAAGACGUUCAGACAGAGAAACACCAGGGAGAAAAAUCUGAACCAGAUCAGAACGAAACCAAAUACCAGCCAGCAGAAUCAAAAGAGGGUGUAGGGGUUGAGAUUAAACAAAGACAAGAAGAGAGGCAGGAAGCUGGUCUACAAGAGGACAAUGAUACAACUCAAAGGAAGUCUGUGGAGAUACUAAACCAAGUUAGAGGAGUAGAAGAAGAAAAGCAGGCAGAGCAACAACUGGAUGUAAAGGUAAAAGUCAGAGAGCAAAGAGAGGAAUCUAAAGAGGAGGUUAUGGUGGAGGAUAAUGGAAGAGGGGAGGAGAGUUUAGAGACUGACAGAAAAGCUUCUGUUGAUGAAACCCAAAGGAAGGCUGAGGGGAAAGAAAACCAGAGAAGAAGAAGAAGAGAAGAAGCAGCCAGACAAGCAGCUACACGCAGACGAGAAGCUCAGCAUAAAGCUAAAGGAAUCACAGAGGAGAUCAAAGUAGAGGGGACAGACGGAGAGGAAGAGGAGUCUGUAACUGAUAAAGAAGUUGACACAUAUGAAACCCAAAAGAAGCACAAGAAGAUAACAUCAGAAUCCAAAAGAGGAGAACAGCAGCUGAUGCUGCAACAUUCAGACAUGAAUAAAGAAAUGAGAGAGAGAGGAGUGGAGGGUCAGGAGGACCUGCAGCAGGAGGAGGACAUGGAGACUGAUCAACCUCAACCAAAUGUCAUACAAAGUAUUGAACCACUAAAUACACAAGUUCAAUUUAAAUCAGCUACAGAGGGACAGAGUAAGGGGGCUUUUGGUAGAGGACAGAAAGAGGAACAUCAACACUGAUCAGAAGAUGAAGAAGGAAGAGAGACAGCAAGAAACAGAGAGAGAUGAAGACGAGAAACAGACAAAAACCGAGAAAGAGGCCCAGCUCCAAAACAUAAACACUGAUCAGAAGACGGAGGAGACAACAACUGAGAUAGACCAAAGAAAGAGAAAAAGCUUAAGAGAAAAGGAGGCUCUGGAGCGAGAGGACAGUAAAAGGAGAAAGGUAUGACAAAGUCAGAUCGAGAGACGUUGGAGAUAUGCUUCAGUCAGAGACAAAGAAAGGAGAAAACAAAGAUGAGACUCAGCAGUCAUUCAUUAAUUAAUGAACGACAAACACUGACAGAGCCAAGUAUGAUGAGCCCAAUAACAAAUACCCGAGUGAGUGGUAAAUAUUAGCACUAGACAACACUAGAGCAGAACUCGUUAGGUGUGGACUG